AAGUAUUAUUAUCUCUAAUUUCUCUGUUGAAAAAGGGGAGGGUUUUGGUUUUCUCUGAUAAAAUUAUGCUUCGAACAUGUCUUAAUUGAUUAUGGUGGCCUGGGUAAUAGUAAUGGCAUUGGCAUUCUCUCCUCGCUAACUAGCUGCCUCCAACAUGCAUAAAUUUAUGCUUUAAAUUUCUAUAUUAAUUUCCAAGGAUGAUGACGACGAUGAUAAUGAUAGGAUGACGGUGGGCUUGGAUCCGGUAAGACUGUGUGAUAGUCGGUGAAAUAGAACGAAGCCGCGGUGGACGUUGAGAAGCUUCAUCGUCGUCAUUAAUUCUGUCAGCUUCGAUUCAUCCCAACCCUAAACUUAAUUACAAUUUCAAUUUCCGCUUUAUCGCUUCACUUGUUCGCUUUGAUGGAUUCCGAUCCUUAUCACCAAUAUUCAUUGUAUUCAUCUGCCGCAAACCCUUCGCCUUGUUAUUAUCCGUGUUAUUGUUAUCUACCACCGCCGUAUAUUCCUCGCCAGCUCAACUUGGGACCGCUUGAACAGCAAGGCAACGAUAACUGGAAGGUAUAUGAAAAAGAAUAUGAUGAUCUUUAUCAGAAACACAAUCAAGAUUUCGGCAGGGAAGUUUUUGAAACAUAUGAACAGAAUGACAGCUUCUUUUCCUAUGAUACAAAUCAAACGUGUACUCUGGCAUCAGGUCCAUCUAAUUACCGGGAAUCUUAUUCUUUAGUCCUGCAGCGUGAAUUACCUCUUCCGAUGAGCAAGCUUUCACUUGAGCAUGUAUUUGAUGAAGACUCCAAGAAGAAUCCAAAUGAUGUUUCUGAAAAUGGUUCUGUUGCAGUUUUUGUUGCUGAGAAGGUUCUAGCUGAUUCUCAUGACACUGUUGAGUGUUCUAAACCAUAUCCGAAAAAGAAUGUGUUGUCGAAUGCUGUUGAGUGUGCUGAACCAGACUCGAAAAAGGAAGUGUUAUCGAUUAUUGGGGAAAUGCUUAAUCUUUCGGAUUUGCUUCUGUUACAUUUCUCGAAUAAUAGCUUCUCUAUGGAAAAAGAAAACAAUGAAACUCUCAAGCACAUUAUAAGAAACCUGAAUUCAUGUUUGAAGGGAAAAUUCUCCCAACCUACUGAUCUGGCACCAAGCAAUGCUAUGGAAGUGGAAGAUGACGACGAUCAAUCUAGUGUUGGGGGGACUAUUUCUUUUAGUUCUGAUACAACCAAGGCAACGAAGAAUGAUUCUGAAGAGAAUUUUACCUCUGGUGGAGGAAGCAACUUGCAAGCGCUUAUUUACAAGAGUUUGUGGAUGAAAGCGGAAGCUAAAUUGUCCGCAAUUGGUUGUAAAACACAUUUUGACAAAUCAAAGACUCAAGAGGAAACAAUUAAAUUUAAAUACGAGGAGCAAGGAAAUGAGGAUCUUUCGGAAGUGACAUCCAAGUUAUGCGAAUCAAGCGAUAAAUUAACAACUUUGAAGGCAGCCCCCGGAGCUGAUAACGAGGAUGAUACAGAACCAAUUAAUGACAAAGGGGAUGAGGAAAAUGAGUUCGUUCAUGCGGACAACUACGCUGAUGGCAUUGGGUACGAGUCUACUGAUGAAUAUUGUCUGUGUGGCUCGGAUGAUCCCUCGAUCAAUUCGGAUUGGGAAAAUGUUCUGAAAGACAGUCCUUGAUGGAAGUAUUGGCGAAGAUUUUGUCAACUCUUUCAAGCAUUUCAAGAAUUGUCGUCAUCGUCAUCUCCUGGAGCAAUUUGUUCAUCUGAGUAGUAACUUAGGAUUUCUUUUCCUGAAUCCAUUUGACUUUGUAACUUUCGGAUCUUAUUAUGUUUUUGGUGUGUUUCUUGAAUAUUGGUAUGCGUUUUUGCUUCUAUCACAUGAACAUAUUUUCUAUGCAAUGUGCAUUGUGUUUUAUAUUUUUAAAAUAUAUUGAUCAAUAUAAGUAUAUUAUAGUCA